GUGUGUUGACAACAAGCUCAAGUUAUAUUGGAAGCACAAGCGGAGGAGGAGAAGCUGCGGAGCCGGGAGGAGGUGGGGCUUGGGAAGAUCCGUGGGGAGGAACGGCGAGGGGGGAGCCCAGAUUUCUCCCGGCCUGAUUCUUCGCAGUCCCCUCCCUGCUCGGUCCAGCUUGCCUCCAGAUGCCCGCUGCUGCGCCCGGCGCCGGCCCGCCUCUCUCGCUCGCCUGCCAUUCGCCAAGUUUCCUUUCGUAGCCUCCAAACGAAGGCGAGGGUGAGGGGAGGGAGGCAGACGCGACUGGGCGGGGGCAGCAGCAGCAGCGGCGGCGGCCGCGAAGUUUGCAAGGAGCCCCGACCGAGUCCCCUGCGGGGUGAGAGAGGAGAGGAGCCCCGCCGCGCCAGCCCCCUCCGAGGCCGAUCCUCUGGGAAGGGGGCCGCUGCUUUCUCCAGCAGGGGCGAGGAGGAGCCGGGGAAGGGAGGCCGGGAGAGGGGCGAGCCAGGGCGGGCUGCUGCCUAUGAGGGAGUCCUUGCCAGGCGCCUCGGCGAGAGCAGGCAAGGAGGAGGCGGCGGCGAGCCCAGGCAUGGAUGGCGGCGGCGGCUCCGGCUCGCCCUCGGCCCUGGAGAAGAACGUGGCCGACCUGACGGUGAUGGACGUCUACGACAUCGCCUCGGUGGUGGGCCAGGAGUUCGAGCGCCUCAUCGACCAGCACGGCUGCGAGGCCAUCGCCCGCCUCAUGCCCAAAGUGGUGCGCGUGCUGGAGAUCCUGGAGGUGCUGGUGAGCCGCAACCACAUCCUCCACCCGGAGAUGGAGGAGCUGCGCCUCGAGCUCGACCGCCUCCGCUUGGAAAGGGUGGACCGCAUCGAGAAGGAGAGGAAGCACCAGAAGGAACUAGAGCUGGUGGAAGAUGUCUGGAGAGGGGAAGCCCAGGACCUGCUCACCCAGAUUGCACAGCUGCAGGAAGAGAAUAAGCAGCUCAUGACUAACAUCUCUCACAAAGAUGUCAAUUUCUCCGAAGAAGAGCUCCAGAAACAUGAAGCAGGAAUGUCGGAAAGGGAGAGACAAGUGAUGAAGAAGCUGAAGGAAGUGGUAGAUAAACAAAGGGAUGAAAUCAGAGCAAAGGACCGGGAACUUGGACUUAAAAACGAGGACGUGGAAGCACUGCAGCUACAGCAAAACCGGCUGAUGAAAAUUAAUCACGACCUUCGCCACAGGAUCACCGUCAUGGAGGCUCAGGGAAAGGCUUUGAUUGAGCAGAAAGUGGAGCUGGAGGCAUAUCUGCAAACCAAGGAGCAGGAGAUGGGAGCGAUGCGGACUGAGCUGGGAAAACUCCGGGAGAAACUGCAGGGGGAGCACAGCAAGAACGGAGAAGAGAUUAAGGCAGAAGAGCCCAACAAUGACGAAUACAUCUCUGAAUCGGAAAAGAUGGCCAUGGAUCUGAAAGACCCGAAUCGCCCACGGUUUACUUUGCAAGAGCUACGGGAUGUUCUGCACGAGAGAAACGAACUCAAGUCGAAAGUCUUCUUGCUGCAAGAGGAACUGUUGUAUUAUAAAAGUGAUGAGGCUGAUGAAGAAACGAGGUCGCCUCAGCCCACGCCCAUCAUUCAUUCAAAACCAUCCACUCCGCAAGAAUCUGGAAUCAAGCGGCUGUUUAGUUUCUUCUCCCGCGACAAGAAACGGAUGCAAGCCACCCAGAGAAACGUCCCCUUCCAGGAUUCCUUUGGCGAAUGGGCCGACGCGAACAAGGACGAUGUGUACACCGAACAAAGCCUAGAAGCUCUGCAGCACCUGUGACUGGAACCUGGUGGUGUUUUGGUUGCUGUGGGAAUGGCACGUCAAAGAAGAAGGAACUCGUGCAGUGGGCGGUGGUGCCUGGGCAGGAAUUCUCCCAGUCCCCUUGCUGUGUGCAUCUUGACUGGGUUGAGAGCCUGUUUCUGGACAGGUUUCUGCCAGCGAUCCCUUCUUGUUUACUUCUGGUGAUGGCAUCUCAAAGUAAGAUCCAGGCCUUUGUAACAAUGGCUUUGUAUACUGUGGUGUAGCAACACUCCUAGGUCACUGGAAAUGUGUUAAAUUGACAAGAGUUGGCUAUUCUUGUUUUGGAGCCCGGGGGUGGGGGGGGUGUGGAUAGGGAUUGAUGGCUGCAUUAAUUUCACUUAACAAAAGACUCCUUAAACCAAAUAAUAAUCUGUGCCAUUACUGAAGAAUGACAUUCACAGCCCUGUUGCUAUCACUGAAGACUCUCCUUGCUUCACAGGAUAAAAGCACCGCUUGGGUUGAGUUUCUCCUCUCCGGCCUUCUUUUGCUAAUGACCGUUUUAGGGACACGGCAUCCUUAGCGGUCAAACUUGAAGGCAGGUUUCCCAAGAUGCCUGGUAACUCAAGUGGCGUCUUCCUUUCCCAGCGAGACAGUUCUGGAACUGCAGCUGGCAACAAUACUGGAAAAGGGGAGCACCUUCCACAUGGAUCAGAACUGUAUUUUUGGUUUUGUUAUAGUGCCUAAAGUAUGCUUGUUUACAAGGUGAUGGUGCCUUGUAUCUUUUUCUUUGCCAUGAAUUCUCUGAUGUUAACAGAAACUAAACAGCUGGAACCCAUGCUAACACUUAUAAUUGUCUGCUGGUCUCUUCUACAAAGGACGUAGCUCUCUUCUCCACAGGAGAAAGAUCAGCUAGCUUUCAAACAAGUUCCCUCUGGUUUUUAUACGGCUGGGAUCCAAGAGAUUACCCUAGGACUCUGCUGUUGCAGCUUCCUGCUAGAAGACCCCCAACUUUCCCUUAUGCGAUUCUCUUAGCAUUAGAGAUCUUCCCUGGAAUGAGACUAUGCAUGAGGUGGUCUUCCUGUAUGGGUCAUGAUGAUCCUAUUGCAUUAUGUGGCAGUCACACUGCCAUGAUGUGAUCCUGUUCGAGGCUUUUAAGCUCACUAUGAACACCUGUGUCAGCCAAGCAUCCCUAUCUCCCAUGAAUGGUUUGCUUGUUUUUUAGACAGCUGACAAGGGCACGAAUUACAGCUGCCCUAAAGGUCUUGGCCUUUCCUCAUAGGAAAAGGGCUGCAGCAGGUCCUUUAACUCUGGUAGCUCUUUCUUGCACCUUUUCCAGCUCCAGAAUAUAUUUUAGGACAGGACUGCACAACUUGUGCCUUCCAGCUGAUGUUGGACUACAACUUCCAUCAUCCCCAGUGGCCCAAGGUCAGGGAGGAUGGGAGUUGUAGUACAACAGCAGCAGCUGGAGGGCCUGAGUUGUGCAGUCUUGCUUUAAGAGAUGUGGUGACCAGACACACUACCUACAUUGGCUCCAGUUCAACACUUCCAUCCCAUCAGUGGAAUCAAAUGUUAUCACAGCCACGGCAAAGCCAAUUCUUGAUAGCAAGUGGAAAAUUCUGUUCUCGAUAGCUUUGUGAAUAGAGGGCAUUCAGUAUAUUUCCAAGACAUCUAGGGAUUAACUCACGUGGCACGACAUUUUCAGACAAAACAUCAUACACCACCCUCCAUGCAAGCAAAGAAUGUCCAAUAAACCCACACCUCAAUUAUGCCAUCAUUGGAAACAUAUGUAGGUGUUGAUUACAGGCUGAACUUAACAGCAUAAAGUUCUGCUCAGAUUUUGCGUAUUGAUACACUUCAAUUUCAAUACUGAUACUUGACUUUAAGCUCUACAUGAAACAGAGAAAGCACCUGAAUCAUGUGAACUCAAAUUUUAGAACCCGAAUAAAUUAUGCAAAUAUGCUUGUUUUGUGUAAUUUUCCCACUUCUGCUGGUAGGCACACAGAGGUGGGCAGAUAAUUAUAGCCCUGCUGCUUGACCUUCUCAAAGUUCUAAUAAUAUAGGAAAUAGUAUAAGCAUGUUUAUCUCAACAACCAUAUGGACAAGAACCUUGCUUUUUUAUAAAAUAAAUUGAUAGCGGAAAUCCUCAGGAAGCUGAAUUCCCUGCGAAGUGCUAAAUUGUGUGACCCCAAAUGCAUGUGGUGAUGCGUAGCAUUGAAGAUACCCCCCAGGCUGAGGUAUUCUGACUAGCAUCACAUGUCUGGCCAACUUUGAGAUCCAAUUCAGACAAGAACAUGCAGAGACCAUAGUUCCUACCAUUAAUUCCCAAGAAGCUAGUGCUCUAGACAGUUUCUAUUGUGCUGUUAACAUUUAAUCAACUAUCACAGUCUCUAGCAUUCCAUUAACACAACUAUCUGAAAAAGCCUAAUGUAUAGAAAAGAGAAUCCGGGGGGAGGGGCAACCACAGGAUAUGCAAAGCAGUGAAUAUCUUCAAAGUUUCAGGGUGUCACGAGGUAAAAAGGCAAUAAAUAGGGUUUGUUGGGGGUGGGUUAGAGGGCUAUGUCAACUGUAGAUCUUUUUAAUAUUCUAAAUAAACUAUUUCUGAAUUAA